GCCUCGUAAGUGAUUCCUGUUCGGCUCUUUCCUCCCCUCUUUGGAAAAGAACAAGCAAACUCCCAAGACCCUUUGUCUUUAGAGCGUUCGAAACUGAACUCCGGAGAAAGACACAAAGGGACGGCGGGAGGGAGGGCGGCAGGAAACUGCGCAAGCGCACAAGUCAUCCGGAAGGCUGGGAAUGGUAGUCCGGCUCUCGAACAGGGAAAGGACAUACAUUCUCCCUUCCCCCUUAUCCCUACCCCCAUUACCAAUUCGUGGUGCGCAUGUACACUCUUGACAAUUCUUCCUCACCAAACUCCCCACUUCAUCCCCUAACCUCCGCCCUACCGAGGACCCGGAGCUCCAAAAUCUUAAAGGAGUUGGAUGAAUAUUAUGAGAAGUUCAAACGAGAGACUGACUCAGUACAGAAGAGGAGAGUUUUACACUGCAUUCAAAGAGCAUUAAUUCGGAGCCAGGAACUUGGAGAUGAAAAGAUCCAGAUUGUUAGCCAAAUGGUGGAAUUAGUUGAGAAUCGGACCAGGCAAGUUGACAGUCAUGUGGAACUUUUUGAGACUUGUCAAGAGACUAAUGACACCAUGGGCAAUAGUGGCAAAACCAGCCAGGAUAAGUCUAAGAAUGAGACAAUCACUCCAACUGAAAAGCCUAAUAAUAAACGAUCUAGGCGGCAGCGCAACAAUGAGAACAGAGAGAAUGCUUCUAAUAAUCACGAUCAUGAUGAUAUCACCUCAGGAACUCCAAAGGAGAAAAAAGCUAAAACUUCAAAGAAAAAGAAGAGAUCCAAGGCCAAAGCAGAGAGGGAGGCCUCCCCUGCAGACCUUCCUAUUGAUCCAAAUGAACCAACGUACUGCUUAUGUAAUCAAGUCUCCUAUGGAGAAAUGAUAGGUUGUGAUAAUGAUGAAUGCCCAAUUGAGUGGUUUCACUUCUCAUGUGUAGGACUUAAUCAUAAACCAAAGGGCAAAUGGUACUGUCCCAAAUGUAGAGGGGAAAAUGAGAAAACAAUGGACAAAGCACUGGAGAAAUCCAAAAAAGAAAGAGCUUAUAACAGGUAGUUUGUAGACAUUUAUUUUAUAAUAGUAAGGGAAAAGAAUAAAACAAACCAGUGUAUUUAUUACCUUUACCACCUUUGUGGAGGUACAAGGAUUGUAAAAUGUAUAUUUUUAAAGAAAGUUAGAAAAUAAACCAUUCCUGUUAUAGGGAUGGCAGUGAUUUGUUUGUUUUGUUUUCAUUUGGUACAUCUGAACCAAGAAGUGGUCUGUGGAUCAACAUUUUUUUUAACUCCAAAAAUAGAUUUGGAUAAAGCACCCAAGUGAGUCAAAAGGCUCAGAUUUCUUUUCGUGACCGGGAAGCACUUAAACCCAUUAAAAUAUAGAUGAAAGAAAAUAAUUUCAUAAAGCCAAUUUUUUAUCUAAGGAAAAUAUUAUUUACCUUAACAAAAAAAUUGGAAAAUGUUUAGCCAGAUGGCUGUAUUUGAAUAAACAUACAGCCUGCUGCAUUUUUAAAAAUAACCAAUGUGACAUUAAACAAAUGACUCUUGCUACUACAGUACGUGUCAGUAUAACAGUUCAAUAACAAAAGUUUAAGGUUAAAAGAUUAUUUUUUAAAAGAGAAAAUGGUUAAAUUUUACAUGACAAUAUUUUAUAUACUGGCUCAUCCCAAAGGGGCCAUUUUAAAAUGAUUGAGUACAUUUUAUAUUUAACCAGAAAGUGAUCUAACAGUGGAACUCAUAAAACACACACAAAAAAAAUCAAGCUUUAUACUGUCACAAAUAAUAGUGUAGCAAUCUUUAAUUUGUAUAAGUGUAUAAAUGUAAAUUUUUGAGUGGACUUGCACUUACUGUAUUAUAAUCGGAAAUGCAGCCAAAUGCCGUUGUGAAACCAAUGUGCAUUUCCUUCUGUAUGUAUGAAAGUUGUACAGCUGUGAUAUUAAAGAAUAAAUCAAACUUUGGACA